UGGCAUCGUCGCGGACGAAGCGCGGCCCCAGCAUGGGCAGGAAGGGGGACGCGGGCGGCGCGUGUGUCGCGGCUGCGUGGCCGGUGACAGGGGUUUGCUAUAAAAUGGGACUUCUGAUUAUAUUCACUGGACUAUGGCUGUUUUCCUCAGUAAAGGCAGAUUCAAAAGCCAUUACAACCUCUCUUACGACAAAAUGGUUUUCCACUCCGUUGUUGUUAGAAGUCAGUGAGUUUUUAGCAGAAGACAGUCAAGAGAAAUUUUGGAAUUUUGUAGAAGCCAGUCAAAGUAUUGGAUCAUCCGAUCAUCACGGUACUGACUAUUCCUAUUAUCAUGCAAUAUUAGAAGCUGCAUUUCAGUUUCUGUCACCUCUACAGCAGAAUUUGUUGAAAUUUUGUCUGUCCCUUCAUUCGUAUUCAGCUGCAAUUCAAGCCUUCCAGCAGAUAGCAGCUGAUGAGCCUCCACCAGAAGGAUGUAAUUCAUUUUUCUCUGUGCAUGGAAAGAAGACCUGUGAUUUUGACACCCUUGAGACUCUUCUCCUCACAGCAUCUGAAAGACCCAAACCUUUAUUGUUCAAAGGAGAUCACAGAUACCCCUCAUCUAAUCCUGAAAACCCAGUGGUGAUUUUCUACUCUGAGAUUGGUUAUGAGGAAUUUUAUAAUUUCCACCGCCAGCUUAUAUCAAAAAGCAAUGCAGGCAAAAUCAAUUAUGUAUUCAGACAUUAUAUACUUAAUCCCGGGAAGGAGCCUGUUUACCUCUCUGGCUAUGGUGUGGAGUUGGCAAUUAAGAGCACUGAGUACAAGGCCAAGGAUGAUACUCAGGUGAAAGGAACUGAGGUAAACACCACAGUGAUUGGUGAAAAUGAUCCCAUUGAUGAAGUUCAGGGGUUCCUCUUUGGAAAAUUAAGAGACCUGCACCCUGACCUGAAGGGGCAGUUGAAAGAACUCAGAAAACAUCUUGUGGAAAGCACCAAUGAAAUGGCACCUUUAAAAGUUUGGCAGUUGCAAGAUCUCAGUUUCCAGACUGCUGCCCGAAUCUUGGCUGCUCCUAUUGAAUUAGCUUUGGUGGUUAUGAAGGAUCUUAGUCAAAAUUUUCCUACCAAAGCCAGAGCAAUAACAAAAACAGCAGUGAGUUCAGAACUUAGAACCGAAGUGGAAGAGAAUCAGAAGUAUUUCAAAGGAACUUUAGGAUUACAGCCUGGAGAUUCUGCCCUGUUUAUCAAUGGACUUCAUAUUGAUUUAGAUACACAGGAUAUAUUCAGUCUGUUUGAUAUAUUGAGGAAUGAAGCUCGGGUAAUGGAGGGUCUGCAUAGAUUGGGAAUAGAAGGCCUUUCUCUGCAUAAUGUUUUGAAACUGAACAUCCAGCCCUCUGAGGCCGACUAUGCUGUAGACAUCCGGAGUCCUGCUAUUUCAUGGAUCAACAACUUGGAGGUUGACAGCAGAUACAAUUCAUGGCCUUCUAGUCUACAAGAGUUGCUUCGACCCACCUUUCCUGGUGUUAUCCGGCAGAUCAGGAAAAACUUGCAUAACAUGGUUUUCAUAGUUGAUCCUGCUCAUGAGACCACAGCAGAGUUGAUUAACACAGCUGAGAUGUUCCUCAGUAAUCAUAUACCACUAAGAAUUGGUUUAAUCUUUGUGGUUAAUGACUCUGAAGACGUUGAUGGGAUGCAAGAUGCUGGAGUGGCUAUUCUGAGAGCGUAUAAUUAUGUUGCCCAAGAAGUGGAUGAUUAUCAUGCCUUCCAAACUCUGAUACAUAUAUAUAACAAAGUAAGGACUGGAGAAAAAGUAAAAGUUGAACAUGUGGUCAGUGUCCUAGAGAAGAAGUAUCCAUAUGUUGAAGUGAAUAGCAUUUUGGGGAUUGACUCUGCUUAUGAUCAGAAUCGGAAGGAAGCAAGAGGCUACUAUGAGCAGACUGGGGUUGGCCCACUGCCUGUUGUUCUGUUCAAUGGAAUGCCCUUUGAAAAGGAACAGUUAGAUCCCGAUGAGUUGGAAACCAUCACAAUGCAUAAAAUCCUGGAGACCACAACCUUCUUCCAAAGAGCAGUGUACUUGGGUGAACUGUCCCAUGAUCAGGAUGUGGUAGAGUAUAUCAUGAAUCAGCCAAAUGUAGUUCCACGAAUCAAUUCUAGGAUUUUGACAUCUGAGCGAGAAUACCUGGAUUUAACAGCAACCAAUAACUUUUUUGUGGAUGACUAUGCUAGGUUUACUGUUUUGGAUUCCCAAGGCAAGACUGCUGCUAUAGCCAAUAGUAUGAACUAUCUGACCAAGAAAGGAAUGUCCUCCAAGGAAAUCUAUGAUGAUUCUUUCAUUAGGCCUGUAACUUUUUGGAUUGUUGGGGAUUUUGAUAGCCCUUCUGGAAGACAGUUACUGUAUGAUGCUAUUAAACAUCAGAAAUCCAGUAACAAUGUUAGAAUAAGCAUGAUCAAUAAUCCUAGUGAAGAUAUAAGUUAUAAGAACACUCAGAUCUCCAGAGCAAUCUGGGCAGCUCUCCAAACACAGACCUCCAACUCUGCUAAGAAUUUCAUCACAAAAAUGGCCAAGGAGGAGACCGCAGAGGCCCUGGCUGCAGGAGCUGACAUUGGGGGGUUCUCUGUCGGGGGCAUGGAUUUCAGUCUUUUUAAAGAGGUCUUUGAGUCUUCCAAAAUGGAUUUCAUUUUGUCUCAUGCCAUGUACUGCAGGGAUGUUCUGAAGCUGAAGAAGGGACAGAGGGCAGUGAUCAGCAAUGGAAGGAUCAUUGGGCCACUGGAGGACAGUGAACUCUUUAAUCAGGACGAUUUCCACCUCCUAGAGAAUAUCAUCUUAAAAACUUCAGGACAGAAAAUCAAAUCCCAUAUUCAACAGCUUCGGGUAGAAGAAGAUGUGGCAAGUGACUUGGUAAUGAAGGUGGAUGCUCUCCUGUCAGCUCAACCAAAAGGAGAUGCAAGAAUCGAGUACCAGUUUUUUGAAGACAGACAUAGUGCAAUUAAAAUGAGGCCGAAGGAAGGGGAGACAUACUUUGAUGUUGUGGCUGUCAUUGACCCUGUCACCAGAGAAGCACAGAGACUUGCCCCAUUGCUCUUGGUUUUAACCCAGCUGAUCAACAUGAAUCUAAGAGUGUUUAUGAACUGCCAAUCUAAACUUUCUGACAUGCCUUUAAAAAGUUUUUACCGUUAUGUCUUAGAGCCAGAGAUUUCUUUCACUCCAGAUAAUAGCUUUGCUAAGGGUCCAAUAGCAAAAUUUUUGGAUAUGCCACAGUCUCCUCUGUUCACCCUGAAUUUGAACACACCUGAGAGUUGGAUGGUGGAGUCUGUCAGAACGCCAUAUGAUCUUGAUAAUAUUUAUUUAGAAGAGGUGGAUAGUGUGGUGGCUGCUGAGUAUGAGCUGGAGUACCUCUUAUUGGAAGGUCACUGCUAUGACAUCACCACAGGCCAGCCCCCACGAGGACUGCAGUUUACAUUAGGAACUUCAGCCAACCCAGUCAUUGUGGAUACCAUUGUUAUGGCCAAUCUGGGCUACUUUCAGUUAAAAGCCAACCCGGGAGCUUGGAUUCUCAGACUAAGGAAGGGUCGGUCUGAAGAUAUUUAUAGAAUCUACAGCCACGAUGGCACAGAUUCUCCUGCUGAUGCUGAUGAAGUUGUUGUUGUUCUCAACAACUUCAAGAGCAAAAUUAUUAAAGUGAAGGUUCAGAAGAAGGCAGAUAUGGUAAAUGAAGACUUGCUGAGUGAUGGAACUAAUGAGAAUGAAUCUGGAUUUUGGGACUCCUUCAAAUGGGGCUUUACGGGAGGACAGAAGACUGAGGAAGUGAAACAAGAUAAAGAUGACAUAAUUAAUAUUUUCUCCGUGGCAUCUGGUCAUCUCUAUGAAAGAUUUCUUCGUAUAAUGAUGCUAUCAGUACUGAAGAAUACCAAGACUCCUGUGAAAUUCUGGUUCUUGAAGAAUUAUUUGUCUCCCACAUUUAAGGAGUUCAUACCUUAUAUGGCAAAUGAAUACAAUUUCCAAUAUGAGCUUGUUCAGUACAAAUGGCCUCGGUGGCUUCAUCAACAGACUGAGAAACAGCGCAUCAUCUGGGGUUACAAGAUCCUCUUCCUGGAUGUGCUCUUCCCACUAGUUGUUGACAAAUUCCUGUUUGUGGAUGCUGAUCAGAUUGUACGAACGGAUCUGAAAGAGUUAAGAGAUUUCAAUUUGGAUGGUGCUCCUUAUGGCUAUACUCCUUUCUGUGACAGCCGAAAAGAAAUGGACGGCUACCGGUUCUGGAAAUCAGGGUACUGGGCCAGUCAUUUGGCUGGGCGAAAGUAUCAUAUCAGUGCACUAUAUGUCGUGGAUCUGAAGAAGUUUAGGAAAAUAGCUGCUGGUGACAGACUCAGGGGACAGUACCAAGGUCUGAGUCAGGAUCCUAACAGCCUUUCAAAUCUUGAUCAAGAUUUGCCCAAUAACAUGAUCCAUCAGGUGCCAAUUAAAUCACUCCCUCAAGAGUGGCUUUGGUGUGAAACAUGGUGUGAUGAUGCCUCUAAGAAAAGGGCAAAAACAAUAGAUUUGUGUAAUAAUCCAAUGACCAAAGAGCCUAAGCUGGAAGCAGCUGUUCGAAUUGUCCCAGAGUGGCAGGACUACGACCAGGAGAUCAAGCAGCUACAGACCCGCUUCCAGAGGGAGAAAGAGAUGGGAAUGCUGGACAAGGAGAAGGCAACACAAGAGUCACGCUGGGAAGGACCUCAGAAACGAGAAGAGUUAUGAUCUUCAUUCACAAGAGGAUAGGAAAUUACACCAUUUGAAAAACACUUUUUAUAUUAAAUGCUAGUUUUUUCUGAUCUGUCUUUACAACUGCUGAUAAACUGGCUUGGCAGGUGUGCCACACCUUUUGAUUCUGAGCAUUUGAUUUUGACUUCUGCACACCGGUGGGCUCUGGAUCUUUGGAGUUAAGGCUCUAUUGGAUUUGUACCUCAGAGGAAGACAAGUGGCUGAUCUUUUGAGACUCUGUAAAGAGCAAUCUUCUAACCAGAAGGGAAAAUGGCAAAGGCAACUGGAAGAAAAUGAGUCCUGUGGUGCCCACACCCAAGAGCACAUACAUGCUGCACCACCACAGGAAGCCAACCAGCCAGAGCCACCGUGUUCUUCCUUACCUCAGUUUACUGGCAGCGGAGCUCAGUCUGCAGCCUGCGCUUUGGUGGCAGAAGCUUCUGUGUGGCAGAAGCCUUGUCCAAGGUCCACACACCUUGAGGUUUAUGCCAGUGCGCUCCUGUGUCCUUUUGUUCUCCUCCCCAGCAUUAGGUUCAUUGUCGAAUUGAAACCCAACCAACAAUCAUGUGUCUUCGGGGUUGGCUUGUGGCAAAUUAAUUUGGGGACAGGAUGGGGUGGGUUGGGGUGAGGGUAGGGAAAAUAUCAGAAGUAGGAGGACUCUGAGGUGUUUUGGGGGGAGGUAAGGAAGACAGAAAUUGGCCAUUCUCUUUUAUAAACCAUUAGUACCAUGUGACUAAUUUGAAAUGAAAACGAUUCUUAUUCCCCACCCAGCCCCAGUAAACUUUUUAGGUAAUUGUUUUGUAAACAGUUUGUGUAUUUGUGAAAGUCUUUGCUUUUUCUUCCCACUUUCUAAAAAAAUGUCUGUUAUUGAUUUCCUUACUGGAUACAGCCAUAGUGAGUCCCUCUGGCGAUCCAUCUCGCAGGGCUCGGGGCUCCCUCAGGAAGGUCAUGGCAUCAUCCAUCCC